AUGUUCGUUCUCCCGUUCAUUACAACUUUGCGUGAAGGAAUGGAAGCCGUUGUUUUUGUCGGUGGAGUGGGGAUUGGAGCCUCGGCUAAAUCAAUUCCUCUUCCCGUUGUGUGUGGGUUAAUUGCUGGUGUUGCUGUUGGAGUCUUUAUGUACUACGGUGGGUCACGUGUCUCGCUCCAGGUCUUUUUGUGCAUCUCCACGGCCAUUCUCUACUUGAUUUCCGCCGGUCUUUUCUCCAGGGGUGUGUGGUUCUUCGAAAACUAUGCCUACAACCAGAAAACGGGUGGAGAUGCAUCCGAAAAUGGCUCUGGCCCGGGCACUUACGAUAUCAGGCGAUCUGUGUGGCACGUGAAUUGUUGCAACCCGCAGACUGACAACGGUUGGGAUGUGUUUAAUGCUCUCCUCGGGUGGCAGAACUCUGCAACCUACGGCUCUGUUCUUUCUUACAACCUCUACUGGUUGACGCUGAUGGUUGUUCUUUACUUCAUGUACUAUGACGAGACGCGUGGCCACAUUCCACUUUUAAGAAACGUGAAGUUCCGCCAGCUCAACCCGUUGUACUACAUUAAGGGUAAGAAGAAUAAGGAGCUAAGUGUUGAGCAGCAGCAACAGCUUGUUCUCGAUGCAGAAUUGAGACUCCGGGAGGAGGCUGGAGAUGAGGGUAGUGCACCGGUUGCAACCCAGAGUAUUGAGCUGGAGAAUCUGGAGCGGGUGAAACGGGACAAUUUCACAGAGUCGGUGAGGGUUUCGAAUGAUUGA